GAUGAUAGUGAUUUUCCUAGCAAAUUUCAUCAUUUUUGUCAAGAGUUAUCCACUUAUCCCAGGUUUUGUUGGGAAUGAGUGGGAAGUAGACGGAGAAGUGAAAAUCGGAGUACUUUAUUCAGUUCAUUCCGAUCAUUCUUCAGGAAAUGAAGCAUUAUCUUGUCAAGGUAAAGUAAGUCCUUCCGGUGUUCUUGCGGCCGAACUAGCAGAGUUAAGAAUAAAGAAUAUCAAUAAGGAUCCAAAUUUCUUGCCAAAUGUCACAUUGGGAUUACUUUACCUCGAUACUUGUGGAGGAGUCAACGGAGCCGUAGCCAGAUUAAAUCAUUUUAUGUCGGAUAAAUGUCCAACUAGAACAACCGAAAAAAAAGUUGUGGGAAUAGUAGGACCAUUUUCUUCUGCUCAAUCUAUUCCGGCAGCAGCUUUAGCAUCUCAAUUUAAAAUUCCUCUUCUGGCUACAUUUGCAACAUCGGAUGAAUUAUCAGAUAAAGCUCGCUUUGAAUAUUUUUCUCGUCUUGCACCACCAGAUUCGUUCAUAACUCAAGCAAUGGUAAGCGUUAUGGUUCGUUUCAAGUGGAGUUACAUUCAACUUCUCUACUCGGAAGGCUCUUACGGAGAAAUUGCUGCCAAGAGCAUUGAGAAAAUCGCCAGAGCAAAUGGUAUUUGUAUCGGAAAUUCUGUUCGAUUAAGUUCUGAUUAUUCUGAAAAUUAUAUAACAAUUGCCGAGAAGAUUUUGGAGAAUAGAAAUGCGAAAGUAGUCGUCCUUAUAAUGUCUCAUAAAUUUAGAGAAGAUCUCUUUACAGCAUUAUAUCAAGUUGGAAGCAAAAAAAGUGAUUUUAUCUUUUUUUCUGCCGACUCAUACAGGCGAUUUCCAGGAUUUGAACAAAUUCAACAUGGAACUUUGCAUUUCUUUUAUAAAGUUGGUAGAGAUACAAGCUUUGAAGAUUUAAUAAAAACUAAACAACGAUCAGAAUCUGAUCAUGCAUGGAUAAAAUCUUUGUGGGAAGAAGCAGGCAAAUGUAAUUUCUCUACCACUUGUUCGAAGUAUAAGUCAUUGGGAGAUAUUAAUAGUCUUACUAGCAGAGACUUCAAAUUUUCUCUCAAGGUUGGAGAUGGUGUCGAGGUAUACGCAAGAGCUUUGCAUAGUCUCAUCUCGGAGAACUGCCCCGAAGCCUUUCUGAACAAGAGUCUAUCAAAGGUUGUUAAUCAUAUUUUUUGGACAAGUUUCGAUCUGGUUUAA